AUGUACACGAUGCACAUCGGCGAACAAUGUUUGGAAUAUUUGGGUGACAAGUUCCGCGUUAUUUUGAACUUGCCAGAGGAUUGGUCGAACGCUGCACAAGGUGCAUGGUUGCUCCAGAAAAUGGUUUUGGUCCACUUGGAUUCUCCCAGAGACAAAUUCCGGAUGCUUAUCUUUAUGCUUCGAAAACUGUACGCGACCGUGUCAGGGGCUUGCUGUGCAGACAACCCUGAUUCCCCUCAGCACCAGGAAGUACUUCUUCCUGGUAGUCUCUACGGCAUGAUCAUCAAGGAACGCAUGGAGGAAAUCCUGAACAACAUUCGCUCGAGCAUAUCUACAGACGUAAGAAAUGGCGUUGCGGUCGAUUUCCAUGACAAACGUUAUUUCAUGAAGAUUUUGUCCAAGAUCAAUUUCGACAUCGGGUCAAAACUCUCCAACUUCUUAGCGACUGGCAACUUGGUCUCCCCUACAGGUCUCGACUUGCAACAGGCUUCCGGAUUUACGAUCAUUGCUGAAAAGUUGAAUUGGCAGCGUUAUAUCAGCCAUUUCCGAUGUAUACAUCGUGGUGCUUUCUUCGCUGAGCUCAAGACAACGACCGUUCGUAAAUUAUUACCAGAAGCAUGGGGUUUCCUCUGUCCUGUACACACCCCUGAUGGCUCUCCUUGUGGCCUUCUCAACCAUCUUUCAAGGACCUGUCGAAUUGUUACCAGUCCGUUGUCUGUUGCCCACAUUCCUGCUCUCCUCGCAGCUCAUGGGAUGACGCAAGCCUUCACGCCAUCCAUUGACGGCGGGAGAAAUAUCUGUGUGCAACUAGAUGGCCGAGUCAUUGGCUGGGCACGUCCGGCGGUGGCCAACCAACUCGCCAAUAAUCUUCGGAUAUGGAAGACUGAAGAAAAGCAAGAAGUUCCUCUGGACCUGGAGAUCGGUCUUGUGCCUGAAUCGAAGGGUGGUCAAUAUCCUGGUCUUUUCCUGUUCUCUACAAGAGCUCGCAUGAUGCGGCCAGUCAAGUAUCUCCCAAAUGGACGCGAUGAUCAGGUUGGGCCUUUUGAACAGGUCUAUAUGGACAUUGCUUGCACCCCCGAGGAGAUUGACCCCAGUAUCUGUACACACGUUGAACAUGACCCAACAAACUUUCUUUCCAUUCUUGCUAAUCUUACACCCUUCUCUGAUUUUAACCAGAGCCCUCGAAACAUUUAUCAGUGCCAGAUGGGUAAACAGACUAUGGGAACACCAUCUACAGCUCUGCAACAUCGGACGGACAACAAACUGUAUCGACUGCAAACGGGGCAAUCUCCUGUUGUGCGCCCUGCUUUACAUAACACCUAUGCUAUGGAUGCCUUCCCCAACGGCACCAACGCUGUCGUCGCGGUUAUCUCUUAUACCGGCUAUGACAUGGAGGAUGCUAUGAUCCUCAACAAAUCGGCGCACGAACGGGGCUUUGCCUAUGGCACAGUAUACAAGUCGCAGAUCAUUGAUCUCAAGGAUGUGCGAGGCGCGUCUAAAUCAACUUCUGCACCUUCAUUACACUUCGGGCUGGGAAAAGACAUCGUCACGUCCGGAGAAAAGACUCACAGCUGCAUAAACAUCUUGGACGGUGACGGCCUGCCAGGUGUGGGAGUUAAAUUGCAACCCGGAGAUUACAUCGCUGCGUAUAUUGACGACACUACUGGCCGGACGAAGUUCGUUAGGUAUAAAGGCGACGAGAUAGCAUAUGUCGAUCAAGUGCGACUGCUAGGCAGCGACGCAGGCGACAGCGAACUUCAAAAGUUGCAUAUCACCUUGCGCAUCACCCGUUCGCCUGUGAUUGGAGACAAAUUUUCGUCAAGACACGGACAGAAGGGUGUCUGUUCUCAGAAAUGGCCUGCAGUUGAUAUGCCUUUCAGUGAAAGCGGGCUUCAACCUGAUGUCAUCAUUAAUCCUCAUGCCUUCCCAAGUCGAAUGACCAUCGGCAUGUUGGUAGAGAGUAUGGCAGGAAAGGCUGGUGCAAUGCACGGUCUCGCUCAGGAUGCCACGCCGUUCAAAUUUACUGAGAAAGAUACAGCAAUCAAUUACUUUGGUGAACAACUCCUGGCAGCUGGUUAUAAUUAUUAUGGGAACGAGCCUAUGUACUCGGGUAUAACGGGUCAAGAAUUCGCUGCAGACAUCUACCUCGGCGUCGUCUACUAUCAACGUCUACGGCACAUGGUGUUGGACAAGUUCCAAGUCCGGACAACUGGUCCCGUUGAUCCACUGACGCGACAACCUGUCAAAGGUCGCAAACGUGCUGGAGGUAUCCGUUUCGGCGAGAUGGAACGGGACGCUUUGAUCGCCCACGGAACUUCUUUCCUUCUGCAAGACAGAUUGAUGAACUGUUCUGACUACUCAACUGCAUGGGUCUGCCGGACGUGUGGAAGUCUGAUUUCACUUGGGUACGACGAUAUCAGCCUGGGUGAAAUGGUAGUAGGGAACUCAGGGUCGCUGAAGCCUACUGGACCAGGUGGAGAGUACUGCCGAGUAUGCAGAGCUGUUGCAGAGCAGCAGGAAGAGUAUGAGCGUCAAGCGAUGGCCACUGGACGGCACCUGCAGCGUCCACAAGCUGAUAUUCGCGUAGCCAUAUCCUCCCAGCAAGUGCUCAGACAAGCUGCAUCAAAAGGCGGCGACCUCGACGUCGUAGCCAUUCCUUAUGUCUUUAGGUAUCUCUGUGCUGAACUAGCAUCGAUGGGCAUUGCUGUAUCAUUAGAAAUUCAGUAG